AAGGUACAAUGCACGGGCAAAAAUGGUUCUCGAUUUUUUGUUGUUUUUCAUCUUAUUAUUCGUGGUUCCAGCAAGUGAUGUGAUCCACAUUGCAAGGAAAAUAGUUGCAAAAUUGCAGACAGUCUGGUCAGCUGCAAAUCUUUAAUGAGAGUUAGUUCUCACCUUUCAAAAGUCUCAUUGUAGGUGCUCAGCUAAAUUGUUUUCUAAGAUUCAUACAAUUCUGGUGAAGUUUGCACGUAAAAUCCACUAAAAACCAACUAUGGGGUCCGAUAAUAAACUGUCGCUAGCAGACAACUCAAUCUCACGACCUGAAAAUAGUGACGAGCAAGAAGCUUUGGAUCAAAUCAGGAGCCUUAUCAAAAAACUGGAUGGACUGGAGUGCCCCACGGAGGACGUGUAUCUCCUUCGCUUCCUUCGCUACAGGAAAAACGACAUCGCUCGGACUGUAGAGUCGAUUGCGUCCUGGUGGAAGAAUCGUCACCGUUUUGACUUCAUGCACACGGACAUGCACCCCAGCCACUACGUUCAAACGUAUGGCUUCAAUUUUGCAACCGUUCUAGCUCAUCGUGAUGCUUUGGGGAGGCAAGUCGUCCUCGUCAAACUUGAGAAUUGGGAUCCUGCUAAAAUGUCACUGCUGGAAGCAUCCAAGGCUGAUUUUUGUUCGAUGGACACCGUCACAAGUCGCCAGUUGACGCAGUUGCAUGGCGUUGUUUUCGUCCUGGACCUGGCUGGUCUGGCCUUGUCGCACGUUCAGUCUUGCACCCCAUUCAACUUAAAGACAGUAAUUAAUCUGUCGGAUGGGUAUCCCAUGAAAAUUAAAGGGAUCCAUUUCGUCAACCAUCCCUACAUUUUCAACACUGUGCACUCCGUGGCGAAAAUGUUUAUGAAGAAAAAGAUGAAGAAAAGGAUUCAACUUCAUGGGUACGAUUAUACAUCACUGCACAAAUUCGUUGAUCCGGCAAUUCUCCCAAAAACUUAUGGAGGGCUGCUUGACGAUGUGGAUGCCGAAGAAAAGGACUUCAAGGGAACACUACUCGACAAAGACCAAUACUACAGAGAUCUAUUUGACGUAAAGAAAUAUGGGUAUCAGACCAAAAAGAACUAAAUUGCCCCGGUGUGUAAUUAGUGUGAUUAACUACUAGGUUAUACAAAUAAUGUGUGUGGAUAAUGUAUCUCAAUUUUAGACUGUCUCUAGAGAUUGGGUUUGUUUAUUUAAAUGUAAAUGCUUUCCUUAACGUUCGCAAGGUGGGAAUAAACUUUUUCGUAAUAUAAAGUAUUAA